UUUAUCGCCCUCUGACGACACGAUAGAAUAGAGAAAAAUUGUCAGUCAUCGCGUCUAUAUCUCGUAAUGGCUAUUGCUUUAACAAGUUUAAAUUCAAGUAUCAUGGUUGCAGAAAAAGAACAGAUGGAAGUAGAUGAUGUUUCCAAGGGAGAAGGACUGAAGCAAUAUUAUGUCACAAAAAUUGAAGAGCUUCAGUUGACUGUGACUGAUAAAACUCAAAACCUUCGAAGACUUCAAGCUCAGCGAAAUGAGCUUAAUGCUAAAGUGAGAAUGCUUCGGGAGGAGUUGCAAUUGCUGCAAGAACAAGGCUCAUAUGUUGGGGAAGUGGUGAAACCUAUGGACAAAAAGAAAGUUUUAGUCAAAGUUCACCCAGAAGGCAAAUUUGUGGUGGAUAUAGAUAAGAAUAUAGACAUCAGUGAUGUUACGCCAAAUUGUAGGGUAGCUCUCCGCAAUGACAGCUACACACUUCAUAAGAUUUUACCAAACAAGGUGGAUCCCUUGGUCAGUCUUAUGAUGGUAGAAAAAGUUCCUGAUUCAACAUAUGAGAUGGUUGGUGGAUUAGACAAACAAAUCAAAGAAAUCAAAGAAGUAAUAGAACUCCCAGUCAAACAUCCAGAGUUAUUUGAAGCUCUAGGAAUUGCACAACCAAAGGGUGUACUACUUUAUGGACCUCCUGGAACUGGUAAAACACUCUUGGCCCGUGCUGUUGCUCAUCACACAGAUUGUACAUUUAUUCGUGUCUCAGGUUCAGAACUGGUUCAGAAGUUCAUUGGAGAAGGAUCAAGAAUGGUUAGGGAAUUGUUUGUUAUGGCCAGGGAGCAUGCUCCAUCUAUAAUCUUCAUGGAUGAAAUUGACUCUAUUGGAUCAUCAAGAAUUGAGGCUGGAUCAGGUGGAGACAGCGAGGUUCAGAGAACAAUGUUGGAACUUUUGAAUCAACUUGAUGGCUUUGAAGCAACCAAAAACAUAAAGGUGAUUAUGGCAACAAACAGAAUUGAUAUUUUAGACCCUGCACUAUUAAGGCCUGGUAGGAUUGACAGGAAGAUAGAAUUCCCUCCUCCUAAUGAAGAGGCUCGGCUUGAUAUAUUAAAAAUUCAUUCACGUAAAAUGAAUUUGACAAGAGGUAUAAAUCUGAGGAAAAUUGCUGAGACUAUGCCUGGUGCAUCCGGGGCUGAAGUGAAAGGAGUGUGUACUGAGGCAGGAAUGUAUGCACUCAGAGAACGCAGAGUUCAUGUCACACAGGAAGACUUUGAAAUGGCUGUGGCUAAGGUCAUGCAGAAGGAUUCUGAGAAGAACAUGUCAAUUAAAAAGCUCUGGAAAUAAGACACCUUUAAGGACUCUUCUUCUAUCCAACCCCCCCACCACCACUUGCGUCUAAACAACCAAAUUUGGAGAAGGUUAUUUGAACUAACUCAUAUAAAAAUGAAACUUUUUUUUUCAAUCUAGGAAUAUUUUUUUUAACUAUACAUUUUGGAACUUCUGUGACCAUUGUACUUUAGCAAGUUCUAAUAAAAUGUAAAUUAUUUCCAAAUUCA